CCAGCCCACUGUGAACAGUCAGGCAUGUCUUUGGAAUAUGGCAGGGAUCCGGAGCACCCAGAGGACUUUGGGUAACCCUAGGUACAUCUCGCCGAGCUACAUCCACAGAAGGUUCUCAGCGGGCGGUACCAGACACCAGUCAUGUGCUCCUUUCCAGAUGCCGACAGCAGCCCUGUGAUCACUGCGGGUCUGCCGUGACACUCCGGCCGCUCCACCUCCACAGGGCGAGGGUCGGACGGCAAGCCGCUGCCGGGGCUGAGCGUUUACUGACCUGCAAGCUGACUGGAAGGGUGACAUGUUAAAAUGAAGAGGACACUUUCGUGAAGCCGGCUGCAGCUUUCAAAUUGUGAGUGGAUUCCAGACACGGGAGACAUGGCAGCGCUGAAAAUCUCCGAGGUCGAGAUGACCAGCUAUUACCAUCUCAACGAAGCUUGCUUACUGCUGAAAUCCACGGUCAAAAGUGAACUUGCACCAGAGAUUCUCAACUCUGUCAGUACGAAAAGCAUCAGUAAGCAUCUGAAGAAACAGUUUGUGUACCUCACAGGCGGACGAAGUAAAAAUGAUGCGGUGAUCCUAACCUUUCCUGAAUGUGCCAGCUUCUGUGCAGUUUCAGAUGAGGUUGUAGAGCGGGUCCUCGUGUACCUGACCACCAUUUCAAGUCUACACAAAACUGAGGUGAAGUUCACUGUUGUCUUGGAUAGGAGACUGGAUUCGUGGGCUUCUGUCAAAGCUGCACUUGGAAGGAUAGCUGCCUGCUGUCCGGGGAACCUGCAGCUCGUCCUGGUGCUGCGUCCAUCUGGCUUCCUACAGCGUGCCAUCUCCGACAUCAGCUUCCGCCUUAGCCAGGACGAAUUCAUCCUAAAACUGCCGGUUGUUAUGUUGAACUCGGUUACAGAGCUUCUGAACUACAUCGACGAGAGCCAGCUGACGCGUGAGUUUGGCGGCACCCUUGACUACUGUCACGAUGAGUGGAUCCUAUUCCGCACGGCAAUCGAGAGCUUUGCUGUGAUGGUCAAGGACAUUGCCCAGAUGUUGCAAGCUUUUGGCACUGACUUGGCUGAGGCAGAGUUGCCCAGCGACCUGCCCUCAGUGGAGGCUCUGCUAGCCUCCCGGACCGAGAAGUACCGCCAGCUGAAGAAUGACGUACAAAAGGUGAUCAAAGAGGGGGAGCUGCUGCUGACCAACCUCAUGGAACCCACUGGUAGCAGCCAGUCCAGUGCGGAGAAAGAUGGAGAUCAGGCCACAGUGAAGAGACUCUUAGCCCAACUGCAUGACAUGGAAACAGCCUUUGAUGGAUUCUGGGAAAAACAUCUUCUGAAGCUUGAGCAGUGCCUGCAGGUCUGGAGAUUUGAACAAACUUUUCAAGAGGUAAAGAUGGCCCUGGACUAUUUGUCAUCUGAGGAAGGAGACGUCCCCGAAACUGGGGCCAGUGUUGCUGAAUCAGAACAAGCUCUUCGUGAACUAACCAGCGUGGACGAGAGAUCUCAGAAAUUGAUCGGAAAUGUUCAGGCUCUGAUCUUGCAGGGUGAUCGGUUGAUAUCUGAUCACCAUUAUGCAGAGGAUUUAAUCUGCGAGAGAUGCAGUGAACUCCGGCACUACUGCAAGGAUUUGCUCGAUGACAUGAGAAACAAGUACAUCUCUCUGAACAAAUCACUGGAAUUGCACAUCAGGUUACAGCAGGUUCUGCAGUGGUGUGACGAAGGGGCUUACCUUCUUGCCUCACAGCCCGUGGACAAAUGUCAGUCACAGCAAGGCGCAAAGCAAGCUCUGCAAGAAAUCGAUAAGUUUCUGGAAAACUCUAGAGCUUACCUGCAGUAUGACACUGAAGACUUGUUCAAUGAGUUUGGAGACAUUCUUACAACACCCAUUAAGGCCCAGGUACAGGUGGUUCAGGAGAAACUUGACAACGUGUACUCCAUGUUUGAGCAACGCCAGGCAUCCCUGAAGAAACUGGCAGUCAGACACGUCCGACCAGUCCAGCCCGUCGCUCCCCGUCCUGAUGUGGUGAAAGGCCCACUGUUUUCCUCAAAGCAAGGAACGGAUUCCAGUUCCAGUUUGAGGUUCCCAUUUGACUUAUCGUUGUAUGGGAAGAGGAGUUCUAGAAAACCACAGAGCACUAGGAAGAUUGAGGUCAUGCAUGAAGUCUGCCAAACAAGAAAUCCGCUGCACUCCAUAAACCAUGAAAGUGAAGGUAGCUUGGCAAUUCUGAAGGGACACGUCAUAAAUGAGCUAAUAGACACAGAACGACUCUACGUGGAGGAGUUGAACAGUGUUCUACAGGGUUAUCAAGCAGAAAUGGACAACCCCGCCAUGAUAUCUCUCAUGCCUUCCAUCCUCGAGAACAAAAAGGACGUGUUGUUUGGCAACAUGUCGGAGAUCUAUGACUUUCACAGCAGAAUUUUUCUCAAUGAUCUUCAAAACUGCAUCACAAUGCCAGAGAAAGUGGGAUUCUGCUUCCUCGAAAGGAGAGAGAACUUCCAAAUGUACGUGAAGUAUUGCCAGAACAAGCCCCGCUCUGAGGACCUUUGGAGACGGAGCUCAGACUGCCCAUUUUUCCAGGAAUGUCAACGUAAGCUGGGUCACAAACUCGGGCUGGACUCGUACUUACUGAAGCCCAUUCAGCGACUCACCAAGUACCAGUUGUUACUGAAGGAGUUAUUGAAGUUCAGUAGCAACUGUGACGGAUCCCAUGAGUUACAUGAAGCUCUGGCAGCCAUGCUGACCUUACUGAAGUCCGUCAAUGAUUCCAUGCACCAGAUCGCUAUCACGGGAUAUAAUGGAAACCUGCAGGAAUUUGGGCCGGUACUGAUGCAGGGGUCCUUCAACGUCUGGAUAAAUCACAAAAAAGGGCCGACCAAAAUGAAGGAUCUUGCACGCUUCAAACCCAUGCAACGCCACCUCUUCCUCCACGAGUCCGCACUUGUGUUCUGUAAGAAGCGAGAGGAACACGGGGAGGGCUAUGACAAAGCACCGUCCUACAGCUUCAAGCAUUACCUAAAGAUGAACGCUGUUGGCAUCACUGAGAACGUGAAAGGUGACACCAGGAAGUUUGAAGUUUGGUAUAGUGGGAGAGAGGAAGUGUAUCUCAUCCAGGCUCCCACUGUGGAUGUUAAGAUGGCCUGGUUGAGUGAAAUGAGGCGAGUGUUGACAAGCCAACACCAGCUCCUCCGAGAUGACAGGCAAUCUCCUCAGCACCAUGCCGAUCAGAUUCCAUUAUCCCCAGGGAAACAAAAGAGAGCCUCUGUGAGUUCGGAGGAGAACGAUGGCGAUUUCACAAGACCCGUGGUUUUGGACACGUUCCCUCUGUCUCCACAGCACCACUCAGCACGGACAGAUUGGCCUGGAAGAUCCCGUUUUUAUGAAGGAUCGGAGGGAAAUGAGGGUUGGUCGAGCAACAACGACACAGAGGAGGAGGAUGCAAGCCAACUGUCCCCUGGAAGGUACAAGGCUCACACUGAUGGACAAGGUCAAGAUGCUGAGGAACUAUUGAUCAAAAGUGGAGAUGUGGUCCAACUGAUGCACGAAAAUGGCGAGGGGCAGUGGUUUGUGAAAAACCUAAACCGUGGGCAGCAAGCUUGGAUUUCCGUCAACAGUUUACAGAUUAUUGUUGGUGAUUGUAGAUCCCAAACCGACAGCCCAUCAGGUUUGGAUUUACAUAAGUUCAGGAAAGUUAGUUCUUCUCUCUGACCUGAACGCUCCAGGAUCUCUGGUCCUGAUCUUCUGGGUACAGUUCAGAUCUCAUCCUUCUCUGUCUCCACAUCUCCAUUUUCUUUUGGAGGAGCAUCACAAGCUGAAUGCUUGCCCACCUCUGCUACAUGCCUCUCUCACCCAUGAGGACCAACAUUAUCCACCUUGUGAUACACAUGCAAGGUGGCACCAUUUCCCAGAGCAGUCGUGUAAAUAACCUCCAAGAGUCCUGGUGGUGAGAAUCUGGAUAUAACGACAGGAAACAUACCUCUCGCAACACGGAAUCAAAGACAUGUUUGCAAAGAUCUGCUCCCAAGUUGUGACUGAGUUCUUGGGUUCUCAGGUUGAAGGAUUUGGACAUCUAGAGGCAAUUCCUCUUAUGAUUGCUGAGUAUUCUGUGAGUGGAUGCCAGAUCAUCUUGAGGAAAUAAUGUUUACAUUCUCCACGAUAUUAAUGUUGCUCUAUCACAGAAAGAAUUUUUCAUACACUGUUUUCAUUGAUAUGUUGAUAUUGUUGACAAUCAUAGCUGAUAUUUAUAUGUAAUUAUAUCUGUCACGCUUCUUAUGGAAGUUUUUAGUAUGUUGGUAUGUUUUCAUACUUGAUUUGCGACCACAGGGAACUGCCGAGGGUCAUUGUGCCCUUUUCCCCAGUGACAUCUUACCCUCCAGUUGGCAGCUGACAUUGUUCAAGUUGUGUUCUGUUGACAAGUUAAAGGACACAGAAGCUCUUUUCAGAGUGUGCAUCCAUUCAUUGUCAGAUAGUCCAUUGGAGUCAUAGAACACUGCAGCGCAGGAACAGGCCAUUCAGCCCAUCUAGUCUAUGCCAAACUGUUAUUCCACCUAGUUCCGUCGACACACAACUGGACCAGUACCCUCCACACCCUUUCCAUUCAUGUAUCCACCCAAAAUUCUCUUCAAUGUUGAAAUCGGACCCACACUCCUGCUGGCAGCUUGUUCCACACUCGCACCAGUGAAGAAGUUCCCCCUUGUAUUCCCCUUAAAUAUUUCACCUUUCACCCUUAACCUAUAACCUGUAGUUUUAGUCUCAGCCAUCAGUGGAAAAAGCCAG